AUGGCGUUGGGGAUCCCGGCCUCUCACGUUGUUGACAAAUACCCCGGUCUCGAAUACCUGCCACGAUUGAACAAGUACUUUGAGCAGAAGUACGGACCUGGUGUUAUUGAAAACGUCUUUGUGGAGUCUUUUGGCAAGAAAGAUGAGCUAGAUGGAAUCGUGGAUGGCGUAAACGGAGUCGUUCACAUUCAUCCGAUAUGGCCUUCUCUGGUGAUCCAAAUUUCGUCAUUCCCUGGUGAAAGCUGCAGUAAAUGUCCUCGAGGCUGCGGCCGUGAAGUCCGCCAUCAAACGAGCUCUCUUGGUUCCUCCUUCGAGUACCUUAACCUAAUGGGAAGUAAGCCAUCAAAAGCCUCUCUAACAUGGAAGAUUAAGAUGAGGAUCUUGGACACAAAUAGUUGGAAUGAUCGCCUCCUAAAACAGCAUGGGACGAGCGUAUUCCGAGAGAAGAAAAGGCACUCGCAGUCCUACGCCGACUCGAAAAGGUGGAGGCAGAGUGGGAGUUGUGGACAUGGAUACACGCACAUCAACCUCGGGUUGAGUUCAAAACUGUGGUGCCUUGCUUCAAUGUAA